GGGUGACCCCCUCAGCCUGUGUGUGUCUGUGGCACAGGGGGCGCGAGGGUGCGGGUCCGCUCGCCGCCGUGCCUUGCGUCCGCGUCGGGGUGGAGGAGGCCCGGGCCGCCAGUGUCGCUGGCCGUCUGCGUGCGUGCGUGUGUGGGGGAGGGGGCGCGCGCCGCGGCGAAGGUGGAUCCGCUCCCUCCGAGGCCAGCCCAACCUGGGCCCCGAGACCCGCCGCCGCGGCCGUUCGCCCGGCCUGCCCUGCGCGGGCCGGGCCGGGGAUGGAGCCGCCGCCGGGGCCGGGACGCCGAGCCGCCUGAGGCGCUGGCGGCGCGCAGGGCCGGGGGAGGGCGGGCCGAGGGGAGGGUCCUGCGAGCUGGGGGGGCGGGCGCGGCGCGCCCCCUCCCUCGCGCGCUCGCGCCCUCCCCCGCGCGCCCUCCCUCGCCGCCUCCUCCCGCCGCCUCCGGCCCCCCCUCGCCGGGGACCGAGCGCGCUCGCUCCGGCGCCGGCCUCGCCUCCUCGCAGCAGCGCCAUGGAUGAGUUCCACCCGUUCAUCGAGGCGCUGCUGCCUCACGUCCGCGCCUUCGCCUACACCUGGUUCAACCUGCAGGCGCGGAAGCGCAAGUACUUCAAGAAGCACGAGAAGCGGAUGUCGAAGGACGAGGAGCGGGCGGUGAAGGAUGAGCUUCUGGGCGAGAAGGCCGAGGUCAAGCAGAAGUGGGCAUCGCGGCUGCUGGCCAAGCUGCGCAAAGACAUCCGGCCCGAGUGCCGGGAGGACUUCGUGCUGGCCAUCACCGGCAAGAAGGCGCCUGGCUGCGUGCUCUCCAACCCCGACCAGAAGGGCAAGAUGCGCCGCAUCGACUGCCUGCGCCAGGCCGACAAGGUGUGGCGGCUGGACCUGGUCAUGGUCAUCCUCUUCAAGGGCAUCCCGCUGGAGAGCACGGACGGCGAGCGGCUGGUCAAGGCCGCGCAGUGCGGCCACCCGGUGCUCUGCGUGCAGCCGCACCACAUCGGCGUGGCGGUCAAGGAGCUCGACCUGUACCUGGCCUACUUCGUGCGUGAGCGAGACGCGGAGCAGAGCGGCAGUCCCCGGGCGGGGAUGGGCUCCGACCAGGAGGACAGCAAACCCAUCACGCUGGACACGACUGACUUCCAGGAGAGCUUUGUCACCUCCGGUGUGUUCAGCGUCACUGAGCUCAUCCAAGUGUCCCGGACACCUGUGGUGACUGGAACAGGACCCAACUUUUCCCUGGGGGAGCUGCAGGGGCACCUGGCAUAUGAUCUGAAUCCAGCCAGCACUGGCAUGCGAAGAACACUACCCAGCACUUCCUCCAGCGGGAGCAAGCGGCACAAAUCGGGCUCAAUGGAGGAAGACGUGGACACAAGCCCCGGCGGCGACUACUACACCUCGCCCAGCUCGCCCACGAGUAGCAGCCGCAACUGGACGGAGGACAUGGAAGGAGGCAUCUCGUCCCCAGUGAAGAAGACAGAGAUGGACAAGUCGCCUUUCAAUAGCCCAUCUCCCCAGGACUCCCCCCGCCUCUCCAGCUUCACGCAGCACCACCGGCCUGUCAUCGCCGUGCACAGCGGGAUCGCCCGGAGCCCUCACCCAUCCUCGACCCUGCACUUCCCCACGACCUCCAUCCUGCCCCAGACGGCCUCCACCUACUUCCCGCACACGGCUAUCCGCUACCCACCUCACCUCAACCCCCAGGACCCGCUCAAAGAUCUCGUCUCACUGGCCUGUGACCCAGCCAGCCAGCAGCCUGGACCGUUAAAUGGAAGUGGUCAGCUCAAAAUGUCCAGUCACUGCCUUUCUGCUCAGAUGCUUGCACCCCCGCCCCCCGGGCUGCCGCGGCUGGCGCUCCCCCCUGCCACCAAAUCCGAGGGAGGAAGCACAUCGCCAACCUCGCCCUUCCUGGUACCUGGGAUAAGCAAGACCUCUUCCCAGGCCCUGCGCCUUCGUCCCGGGAACCCCGGGGGGCCGCACAGCCUGCCCCUGGCCCACGAUUUCAGUGGAGAGUUAGAAAAAGCAAGGACACCUGCCAACUCCCAGCCUGGCUGAAAAGACAGAAACAGAAACAUACACACAGGAGGAAAAAAGGAAAAAAAAGGCAAACAAAAAAACAAAACGACAAAAAAAAGACAAACGGGAAAAAAAACCCAUAAAAAUAAACCCACCCAACCAAGAAAACAGAAGGUAGAGACAGCAGCAUGGCCGCACUUCAGACUCUGGGGACGCCACAUCCGGACGGAGGGCCAGGCCUGCCCCCCGGCGCCUUCCCAAGUCACUCAUCUCUGCUGCUCCAGAAGGGCAGGCACCGCGCCCACCGCCGCCCGGGACCAGGUGAGCGCUGCCUGGCGGCAGGGCCCCCUCCGGGACGUCGGCCGGCCCCCACGGUGGGCUUCGCCUGGUGGGGAGGUAGGUGCCGCAAGGACCGGGCGGCCAGCACCCCAGCAGUGGCUGGGGUGGGCAGGGGUGUGACGAGGGUGGAAGAGAGUUUUGGGGAGACCCCGGGCGUUGCCAGGGACGAGGCGCGACACGUACCUUCUCGAGAGUGUCCUGCGUGGUGGGACCUGCUCCCGCCCCAAAGCCUGUGUGUCCAGCCGCCUGCCUGGGACUUGGUCUCAGCCCCGUGCCUGCCCUGUUUGGGAGGAAAAGUCUAUGCAAUUGGCCCCCAGCCCCACCCCGUGGCAGAGGAGGCCACCCCCACUGAACCCCCGCUGCCGGCUCCACAGCCCUGGGGAGGGGGCCACGUUGCACACACUGUAAGAAAUGCACUUUCCGAGGAAGGGGCUGUGGGGGGUAGCGGGGAGACCCAGAGCUCCCCAGAGGGGGGCACCCAUCUGGAUCUCCAUCUACUCGAGCCCUAGGAGGGGGGAUCCCCCACUUAGCCCCCGGAGGUGGGAGGUGAGCGAGUGGUUCAAGUGCCUGAUCCCCACCGCCUGCCCCCCUUGGUCCAGCUGGGAUGUGGAGUGGCCACGGGCAUCCUCCACCCCCUCCCCAAGACCCAGCCACCUCCAAUUACUGACCCCUCAUUGCUAUGCCCCCCACAAAGCUAGAGAGAUGGGACCCCACCCCUGUGGCCCAAGGGGCAGAGCUGGGCAGCCCCCAAGUGCCCUGCCAUGCUGGGACCUGGGGUGGGGUCUGGAAAGGCCGGCGGGCCCCCCAAACCUCCUCUGCCAGUGCCUUACAUCCUGGAGCGACACCCCCUCCCUGGUGCCUCCCAGCCCAAAGGGAGCCAUGGUUUGCACUUUGAUCUCCCCCUGAAGUGGGGCACAGCCAGGGAGGCGCAUCGCGGCUGGGUGCCCGGAAGGAGAGAAGGCUGGGCCGAGUGUAGUCCCCCCACGUGCCUGGGUGGGGGUUCUGGCAGGGGGGUCCCUGUGGCCCUGUCAGGGAUGUCCCAUCUGCUAAGCAUUUUCCGUUGAGCCGCUCCAAAAACACUAAGCUGGAGACACCGGGUGCCCCCCAGCCCGGCUCCCAGCACCCCCGCUCCCCCCACAAGGGUGGCCAUCUGGGGUGGGGGUCCUGCGGUGGGGGCCCCGUGCAGGCGUUCGGGUCACUGGGCCCAAACCCAGGGACCCUACCCCCCAGCCCACCCAUCUGAGCCCCAGCCGGCCUCCAUGCCUGGCGCUGGGGAGCAUCUUCCUCACCACGACCCCACCCCGGCUCAGGCCCGAGCCAUGACCCGGGAGAGGGCCACCUCACCGCUCCCAGCCUGGCCAGCCUCCCCCACCCCCCAGAAACCGGACUUUGCUUCCAAACCAACCCGAGAGGCUUGGCGAACCCACUUGAUCAUGAAGAGAAGGCCCUCCCUGCCAGCCCCACUCCCGUUGUCCGGGGGCAUCCGAGAACCCGUGGUCGGUCUGUCCCCAGGGUCCUUCCACUGGGUGGCCCUUGGGGACCAAGGCGUGGCCGCUUUCUGGGAAGGCAGGGGUGCUGGUGGUGGUGCGGCUAGCUGGGUCACCUGGAAGCUUCUCAGCUGGGAACCUGAGGGUGUGGGCAGGCGGGGGAGGGGAGGGGCAUGGCCGCCCCAGCUCCCUAACUUUGCAUGGUGCUUAGUCGAGGAUUCUGUGACCUGGCUCCUGACGUCAGCUCGUGGAGGCUGACACUGCAUGGCGAAUCACACCUGGCUCUGUCUCCCUGCCCCGUGCCCCCUCCCAGCUCUCCAACACUACCCCCUCCUCUUUAAAAGAAAAAAAAAAAGAUACAAAAAAAACCUUUAAAAAAAAUUCCAUGUUUCCUAAUUUGCACGACAUUUUCUACCACAUGAUGUGCCUUGCCUUCCGAAAAUAAGUAUUACCUUUAAACAAUAUCAGCGCACACAGAUAGCUGCAUGCACUGCUCGUGUAGUUAAAAAAAAAAAAAAGA